UAUUGUUAUUGACUAAAUAUAAAGUUCGGUUUAAGAUAUAGACUCAUCCUGUUGAUUAUUCUUGCCUUAGUUUAUAAAGAAUUUGUUGGUGGCAAGGUGGUAGAAGAUGUUGAAUAAUGAAUAAAAUAAAAUUCAAUGAUUCAAAAAAAAAAAAAAAUCAAAAAUCAAAAUUCCAUGAGUAGAUGAUAUAUAUGAUCACGGCCUCAUGGUUUAUAUACCAGGAAUCCUGGUCCGGGAUGCCAAUUGCAGGCCACAGUUACGACAGUGUAUUUUUUUGGCUUUUUAGUUACUCCAAAAUAAUACUAGUGAUUACAUGUUAAAGUUGAGCUCCGUAUGCGGACAACUCUACAUGUAAUCACGUAUCUAUCUGUCCAUUAUUUAAUCCGACGGUUGCUGUAACUUGGUAUUGAAAAACAUAUAUUGGCACAACAGUAGAUAAGUGUUUUAGUAGCGUAUUAGUGGCGGUGUGGCGGAAAACCGCUUUAUCGGGCCGGAAAACCACCAUCCGAUCGUUGAAAUGGACGGAAUCAUGAUUAUAUUCGACUUCGAUCGGACAUUAAUCGACGAUGAUAGCGACAGAUGGGUGGUGAUGGAAAUGGGUCUCACCCAUUUGUUUAAUCAGCUUCUCCCCAAAUUGCCUUGGAACUCUCUCAUGGAUAGGAUGAUGAAGGAGCUCCACUCGCAAGGGAUAUCAACUGAGGAAAUCGCAGAGUGUUUGAAACGGGUUCCAUUGAAUCCACAGAUAAUUGAAGCCAUUAAAUCUGCCCAUGCUCUUGGAUGUGAAUUAAGAAUAAUUAGUGAUGCAAAUCAGUUUUUCAUUGAGAAAAUCUUGAAGCAUCAUGGUAUAUUUGGCUUUUUUUCGGAAAUCAACACAAAUCCAACAGUUGAAGACAGAGAAGGCAGGCUUUGGAUCUUCCCUUACCACGAGUUGGCUUCCUCUCCUCAUUGCUGCAUCCGUUGCCCUCCCCACAUGUGCAAGGGUCUGGUAAUUGAGCGUAUCCGAGCUUCUAUAUCCGAAAAUGAGAAGAAAAGAAUAAUUUAUCUUGGAGAUGGGAAUGGUGAUUUCUGCCCAAGUCUGAAGCUUGAAGAGAGAGACCAUGUGAUGCCAAGAAAGAAAUUUCCUCUGUGGGAGCGCAUUCGUGAGAACCCUAUGCAUAUCAAAGCCGAAGUCCAUGAAUGGAGCGACGGGGAGGAGCUCAAGAGGAUCCUACUCCAGCUUAUUGACACAAUCUCCAUUCAAGACAAUAUCAUAACUUCUAAUUCUAGUCAGUUGAACUCGUCGGACUGCAAUUCUAAGACAGUGCUGGUAGAAGCUCAUGAAAUGCUUCCUCCGUCGAUCCCUGUCCCCCUAACUUAGAGGAAAUGAACAUCAUCUGUUUAAUUUUAUUUUAUUUUUAGUAACAUAAGGUUUUCGAAGUCUUUGUAUUAUGAUUCAAUGGCACAAGUGUUAAUGAUUUAAUCUCGUCUAGCUUCAUUUAGACGUAUUUAGUAAAGUAUGCCAGAAAUUAACUCAA